GAAGCUGAGCAUAACCCUAAUGGAGCUCUCUCCGUCGUUCCCUCUAACAGCAGAUAACUUUCUGAUCUUGUUUGUGUUCUGAUGCUGUCAACGAACCGAUCUAGUUGAUUUGUGGUGAACUGUAAGAUCUAAUUGAUUAGUUGUCAACGUACCAUAAGAUCUUUUUGGAGUUCUGUUAGUUGAUUUGUGGUCAACGAACCGUAAGGUCGAAACUCGUUAAGCUUUUUGCAAAGAGAGAGGGCGUAGCCACCGUGAGAGCGCCUUACCAGUUACGCAAUCCGUCAGCGGCCGCCAGACCUUCGAAGAAUGUGCGUUAGUUUGACCUCAUUUUACAGCCAUCCAUCAGGUAGUCAGUUUUACGGAUUUCGGCUUGAAUUACCGACUGUCAAAUUUGGAUUCAUGAUUGAGACGCAGAAGGAAAAAAUUGUAGGCAAUACAUACAAACAGAGCUACAUUGAACUUAAUAGAAAUCACAUCCCCCCAUUUUAAGUUUGCUUCUAUAGAAAUGAACACAUCAAGAGAAAGCUCAGAGGAAUUUGAUAAAGCCGGUUUAGACCUUUUCAAAGCAUCAAUGAAAGCUGCUAAGGACAUUUUAGACAAACAUGAAGGCAAUGAUGGAAAGUUGCCACUCCAAAUGGCAGAUUUUUGUGGACCCUUUGAUAUGUUGGCAAAUCUUCAGGGAAAGUCUGAAAGAAUGAAUUCGACAGAAGAGAGUCGAGGUGGUGUGCUCUUGGCGUGUGUUGAAGCUGAGCUAUUCGAUGUGGCACAACAAAUUGUGAAGGAUUGUCCUGAACUUGCAGUGAGUGAACGCAUUAUCCUCAGAAUUCUUGCAAUUCUUGCUCGAAAACCUCAUGCAUUUGGGAAAAAAUAUAAUCCGAUUCAAAAAUACAUUUAUCAAUACGAUGCGAAUGAUGGGCAUGUUGAUGAGGGAAAUCAAGCAGUGCAGUUGCUUAGAACCAUUUUACCAAAUAUUCCCAAACAUGAACUUGAUGACAUGCCAAGUGGUUCUUUGUAUCCGAUUAUGGAAGGAAUAUCUUCAUCCAGUGUCCUAUUUGUAGCUGCAGAAUUAGGCAACACGGUAUUUGUAAAUGAGCUAAUCCAUCAUUAUCCUCAACUAGUAGUAGAGUUGAAUGAUAAUAAGCAAAGUAUAUUUCACAUUGCUGUCUUACAUCGUCAUCUUGGAAUCUACAACUUAUUGCAUCGCAUAGGCUCAAUCAAGGAUUCAAUAAUUAAUCUUGAAGACAAAAAUGGAAAUAAUUUGUUGCAUUUUGUUGGAAUCCGAAAGGAGCCGCUGAUGGAUAGUCAAUCACAGUACCUUCAAGGACCAGCUGUACAUAUGGAACGAGAACGACAAUGGUUCAAGAUGGUUUCAGAUAUGCUCCCUCCCUCACUUAGGGAAAAGAAGAAUAAAGCUGGCCUAAGGCCACGUGAAUUGUUCACCAAGAAUCAUAAAGAGCUACUUUCCAAAGCUGUAGAUUCUGUGGAAAAGACAUCUCUUGAAUUAAUGGUGGUUGCAUCAGCUAUAGCCAUUAUAUCUUGUGUGAUUGAUAUUGCAUUUGUAGGCAGAUACGGAAAAGACACAGGCAGGAGUACGUUUAUGUUUCAUCAAAAGAACUGGUCCAUUAUAUGGAAUGGUACCUCUCUUCUAUUAGCCUACACCGCAAUCUUCAUUUCGUUAUCCAUAGUUCGCUCUAGCUAUGUUGAACGUGAUUUCUUCUCUUCAUCACUUCACAAGCUCAAGUCGGCUGAAAUAGUACUUGGCAUAUCUUUCAUGUUCCAGACUUUAGCAUUCCUUCACAAUUUCGUUCUGCUCUUCCAAGACAUCUCUCUGAAGAUCCCAUCCCUUAUGCUAAUAAUCUGUAUCGCGGUCUUUUAUCUAUUUCGCCAUCGCUUCAAUUAGUCACUCCCAGAUUCCUUAUCCAAACAACGGCUUCUCAUGUCAAUGGUAUUUCAUAUUGGGACCUGAAAUAUGCUAUAUUUGAUAUGAUUCCUAAUCUAUUUCGUCAUACAUAUGGUUGCUUUAAUUAGUCUGUGUCAACUUCCUUAUCCAAACAGUGGUAUCUCAUGUUGAUGGUAUGUAGCUUCUACAAGACAUACAUGUUUUCAGGAGAUAUGUGGAUGAUAAUACAUGUAGUUUCUCGUGUGGAUGGAUCUUGAAAUUGCUUAGUGAGCAGGAUCCAAAAUAAAUCAAGGUGUGAAGAUCCAAAUAAAACUAAGAGUCUUUGUUAUAUACAUUUGUACAGGCCACAAUGAGAGUUGUGAUGAAAACGUAACAAUUUGAAGUGUUCAUGUCUUCCAAAA